ACGUUGCCUUUCCAGUCUCACUUGGCCAGGCACAGUGUCAGUAUGAAGAUUCCAACAACAACAAUCAUCCUGACAGUGCUGUUUGCCGUCCCAAACACAGCAAGUCUCUUGGAUACAGAUGCUUUAUUGAAGCGUCAAGAGCCAGGAACUCCAGCGUACAAUUGCCAUGCAGCCUGCGGUGGUGUCCUCACGAUUGGCCGCGGCGGUGGCGAAUACUGCGAUAAUGCUGAGUAUCAGUCCAACCUCCAGAGCUGUCUUGACUGUGCCAACACGUAUAAUAUUUGGUACAUCUACGGCAAUGGUGUGAGCGGACUAGCAAAGCAGUGUCAAGACGACGCGACUCCUAGCCCUUCUGGUUUCGAGGGCGCUGGGCCAUCAAGUACAUUUUCAUUGUCUGAACCCAAUGCUCCUCCCACACCAACGCCUAAUACUGAUGGAGGCACUCCCACAGGGUCCAAUUCACCGACUGACACAGGAGCUGCUGGAUCGCUGAAGUAUGACACCAAUGUGUCGAUGUUUGCGGUUCUCCUUGUGAUGUCUGGGGUCUUGGGACUGUAAAUACAUCACCAAUUUAUGAUUCAAACAUCGCGAUAUACUGUAGCUCGAGCUCGCUUGACAAUGAGCUAGCUUGACAAUGAGAUUUCUUGGAUCACAGUUUGUCUUUGUCAAGUGCAUCAAACUGUCUGUCAAACUCACAUAGGAAUAUCUGCGAUUCCCACCAUCAUAACCACAUAAUCACUUCGCAGUAUGAUAGAUGGUUUACAGGCCUGUAGUCUGUCUCUGUGGACUAUCUAUGUAUAA